GACCAGAAGAGACGAAGAGAGGAGACGAGAGGGGGAGUCGGAAUCGGAGAAGAAGUUGAAAUCGAUCAAUGGCGAAGAAGGCAGUUCUGAUUGGAUGCAAUUACCCGGGAACGAAGGCGGAGCUGAAGGGAUGCAUCAACGACGUACGACGUAUGUACAGAUGCCUCAUCGAACGUUAUGGAUUCGCCGAAGAUGAUAUCACCGUCUUGAUCGACACUGAUUCCUCCUACACUAAGCCCACCGGCAAGAACAUCCGACGUACCCUCGACGAUCUCGUCGGCUCCGCCGAUCCUGGAGAUUACCUCUUCGUCCACUACAGCGGCCAUGGAACCCGUCUCCCUGCCGAGACAGGGGAGGAAGAUGACACCGGCUACGACGAAUGCAUUGUCCCUUGCGAUAUGAAUCUCAUCACAGACGUCGAUUUCAGGGAUUUAGUAGACAAAGUCCCUGAAGGGUGUCGGAUAACAAUUGUUUCAGAUUCGUGCCACAGCGGUGGCCUAAUAGUUAAGGAAAAAGAACAGAUUGGGGAGAGCAGCAAGAAUGGCUCCCAUGUAUCAGACUCUGGUGGAUUUGGGUUCAGACACUUCUUGCAACAAACCGUUGAAGACGCAUUCGAGUCCCGUGGAAUUCAUCUCCCUUCAGGGGACCACCAUCGCCAACACCACCAACAUCACCACCACAACCAUGUUCCCGAUGAAGAAGAUGUUGAUCGAUCCACAGAGAGUGAUAGUGGCCACCGCAUCAAGAAUCGGUCUCUGCCACUGUCGACUCUUAUAGAGAUACUGAAGCAGAAGACCGGCAAAGAAGACAUCGAUGUAGGGAAGCUAAGGCCAACUCUGUUCGACAUCUUCGGUGACGAUGCAAGUCCUAAGGUGAAGAAGUUCAUGAAGGUAAUCAUGGACAAGCUGAAACACGGUGAAGGAGAAGGUGGAAAUGGCAGCGGGGGUGGGUUCCUGGGUAUGGUUGGGAAUCUGGCGCAGGAGUUCCUGAAGCAGAAACUGGAGGAAAACGAUGAGGAUUACGUGAAACCUGCAAUGCAAACGGAGGUGUCUAGCAAACACGAAGCUUACGCAGGAGCCAAAACAAGGUUGCUUCCUGAUAAUGGAAUUCUACUUAGUGGGUGCCAGAGUGACGAAACAUCUGCGGAUGCAACCCCUUCAGGCAAUUCUAAAGAAGCAUAUGGUGCUUUCAGCAAUGCAAUCCAGACUAUAAUUGCUGAAUCCGAUGGAGCAAUUACCAACCAGGAGCUAGUGUUGAAGGCUAGAAGAAUGCUCAAGAGCCAGGGAUUCACUCAACGACCAGGCCUCUACUGCAGUGAUUAUCAUGUCCAUGUUCCUUUCGUUGCUUGAU